GAAAGUACUAAAUCGCUGUUAUUUGAUCAUCAAAGAUCUCUAUCAAAGGUUCUAAUAGAAAUUAAAAGCUGAAAAAUAAUUGAAAUAAAUUGGAAAAUUCGACGUUCUUUGCAAUUCGAGAGAAGCAUUCGAUUGUUCUUCGCCUGGAAUUAAACAUGGAAUAACUUUUUCAUACUUCAUUUUGUUCCUUGUUAUUUGAAUCUAAUGCAAGAUUUUAGUGAUACUCUUUAAAUAGUUUUACAAAUAAUAGAGGGCAUGGACAAAGCCAUCAAACCAAAGGUCGGUUGUUGUCAGAGGCCGAUCUGUACUGGUAUAUUGUUUGUGUGUCUUAUCGGUGGGAUAGCAGCUGUCGUCUGCGUCACGUUCCUCUUACCGGAUGUGAGAGGCCCAACACCACCGCCGCCACCAGCGCCACUGGAAUGGUGGCAGAAAACCAUCAUAUACCAGGUCUACCCCAGGUCCUUCAAGGAUAGCAACGAUGACGGCGUUGGAGAUCUAAGAGGUGUCAUCGAGAAACUUGACUACUUCCGGUACCUGGGAGUAGGGGCCGUGUGGUUGAGUCCUUUCUUCACGUCCCCAAUGCGCGACUUCGGAUAUGACGUUUCCAACUACACCGAGGUCGAUGCUAUCUUUGGAAACAUGACAGACUUUGAGGAACUCAUGACCGAGGCGCAUGAACGGGGCAUUAAAAUCAUAAUCGACUUCGUCCCAAACCACACAAGUAACGAGAGUGCAUGGUUCGAGGCGAGCCGGCGGUCAGAGGAGCCUUACAAGGACUUUUAUGUCUGGAACAAUGGGACCCUCCUGGAAAAUGGCACACGUGUUCCGCCUAACAACUGGAAGAGCGUAUUUGAAGGCACGGCCUGGCAGUGGGAUGAGGCCCGUCAGGCGUACUAUUAUCACGCGUUCCUUGCUUCACAGCCGGACCUCAACUACAGAAACCAUGCUGUCAGGGAACAUAUAAAGGAAGUGUUAAAGUUCUGGUUACAGAAAGGAGUGGACGGGUUCCGGAUUGACGCAAUCCCGCAUCUGUUUGAGAUCGAGGACCAGUCCAUGGAUGAACCUUUAGGAGCGACCAACGGUUUCGAUCCAAACCUCCACAAAUAUAUAAAGAACCAGCCAGAAAUAUUUGAUGUUGUCCGAGAAUGGAGGUCCAUAUUGGAUGGGUUUGGAGGAGACAGAUUCCUAUUGGCGGAGACAGUUGGUAUCCCCCAGGAGGCCCGGAUGCAGUAUUACGAGGCGGGUUCCGUGCCAUUCUUCUUCGAUCUAAUCCCACUGGGGGGAAAGGCCUCACCCUGUACUAAAUCCCUGGCCAGCUGCUUCAUGGAAACCAUUAGAGAUGGCGUCAACAUCUCGUCGGGGCAGUGGCCAAACUUUGUUAUCGGUAACCACGACAACCCGCGGAUUGCUGACCGUAUGGGUAUCCAGUACGUGGAUGCCUUGAACAUGAUUCUGCUCACACUUCCGGGAACCCCCACAACCUACUACGGCGAGGAACUGGGCAUGCACGGGGGAGACUACCGGGGACUCCCACCGAAAGACCCAUACGCCAUCACUUCCAACAAUCCGGAUAACUCGCGAGACUCUGAGCGGAAUCCAAUGCAGUGGGACAGCACUUUAUAUGCGGGCUUCACGAAAAGUCAUACACCCUGGCUUCCCUUCACCUCUGUCACAAAUAUGUCGGUCGUCAACGUAAAGAAAGAGAAUGCAACAGAAGGGUCCAGUUUGCUCCUGUAUAAAGAGCUGGCUUCACUUAGACAGAAUCCGGCGUUCAUGAACAGCAAGAUAGAUAUACCGGACGGUGAUUUGAAUGAACAAGUACUCAUGUACGGCCGGGGAACGACGCGCGGGGAACGCUAUCUCGUUAUGGCAUUCCUUGGCAAUGCCACAAGCAAGCAACUAAAUGCCUCGUCAUGGGGUUUGCAGGGCAAAGUUGUGUUCGCCACGAAAUUGGGCCGCCGGGACCACAUGGUCAAGCUCAAUAACGUGACAUUGAACCAGGGGGAGGGGCUUGUUGUGCACCUGGAGGAGGUCGAAUUGCAGGCUUAAAAUAUUGAAAGAAGGGCUGUGCCGAUUGAUGGCUAGUGGAGUUGUGUUGUGUGUAGAUUGAUGGAUUAUCGAGGUGGGUGUGUGGGUGUGUUUUAGAUAACUAUAUAAUUAUAUCCAACAUUUGAUAGAGUACGGAUGAUUUUAAAAGUAAAAAGAAUGUGUCACUACCUCAUUGUGUAUGCGUGCGUGCGUGCGUGUAUGUGUGUAUGUGUGUGUGUGUGUGUGUUUGUGUUUGUGUGUUGUAUAACUGUUGUUUGUGAGACUAUAAAACAUUUAUUGUCAUUUGCAAGCUUUUGAAACACGAUACUAAGUAACCAUGGACAUUUCAUUGUGUUACUGGUGCUAUGAUUUUGAUAUGUUAUCUUAAAUCGACUGUUAUACAUUAAUGUGCUAAAAAGGCAAAUGAUAGAUUCGUUUAUACAUACAUGUAUGU